UUUAUAAAAUUUUGACUGGGAAUUGAAGUCUUAUCUCCUCACCACACACUCACACACCCAAAACAUUAUGAUAAAUAUAUUACAAGGAGUGAGUUGAUAAAUUUAUUUAAUUAUUUCACUAUUCAUUAAUGUCAAUUUGUAUAAACAAUUGUUUAUUAAUUUUUUAAAAUUACAUCAAUUCUGCCCGCUCUCUACCCUAACCGCAUAUUCUCUUCUCAACGAGAUCUUCUUUCUAAUCUCUCUCAUCGGUCCUUUCUACUCCUCAGUCCUUUUCUCGAAGCUCUCUUCUCGUUCCUGGCCUCUCUACCGCUUCUUACUUCAGGGGGUUUAAAAUCUAUUCUCACUGAAUAAAACAACCGGUCGUUGCCACUGGGAACUUGGGGUGUAACUUGUUUAGCAGCAGAGAUUUACACAACAAGUUAGCAGUACUGCGCUGUCGUUGCUUCCUAUUUCAGCGUCUUUCUCUGUCUGUCAGUGGCCACUAUCACAUUACAGGAAUGAGCCGAUUGCAAGGUCCUUCGUCUCUGAAACGUAAACAACCAGAUUCAAAUUCACCAUUGCAUUCUCUAUCAGAACAAGAGCGCACCGUCUAUAAUGUAAUCAAAAGCAAACAAGAUAUGGGAAUAUGGUCUCGAGACUUGAAGCGAGAGACCAACCUUCCUGACAAUAUGGUCACCAAAUGUAUCAAAACCCUUCUAACCAAAAGGUUGAUCAAAGAAGUGGUAACCAAGAACAAGGGAAAAAAACACUACAUGGCAGCUGAAUUUGAGCCCUCUAAAGAAAUCACUGGUGGGAAUUGGUAUGUUGAUGGGAGUUUAGACACCGAGUUCAUAAACUUGUUGAAAGACCAAUGUGCUAAGUUGAUUUACAAGAUGAAAGUUGCUACUUCAAAAGGGAUUUCGGAUGCUAUUCGAAGGAGCGGUAUCUUUAAGGUUGAGUUCACUAGCCAACAGAUUGAGGAGAUUGUAAGGGCUUUGGUUUUGGAUAACAAGAUUGAGGAAGUGACAAGUAACGGGAUGGGAGAGUUUGAUUAUAUUCCAGUUGGGAAAGUUUGCUACAAAUGUGCAAACAAGGAAGGUAGAGGAGACCCUAGGAUAGGAGCCAUGGCUUCUAUCCCUUGUGGUGUUUGCCCCAGGAUUAGUGAGUGUAGCCCUGAUGGUGUUAUCUCUCCCAAAACAUGCGUCUACUACCAAAAAUGGUUGGACUUUUGAGUUGCUUAUAAAAUCUCGAGGCUUUUGUCCCUUUUAUACUUGUGCUUAUCCUUGUUUUGUGUAUUCCAAGUGGGUUUCUUUGUUUUUUUUCAAACUUUCUAGGUAACUGAACUAAAAAAUGCAACAUAGAUGAAUACUGUAUUGUUUAUUCUUUUGGAACUUAACUAUUAAGUAUUUUUGUCACCUUCUUGGUGGGUCAGAAA